CUACAUUUCGGCUCAUAAUAAAGCCACGUACGAGUCGACUGAGGAAACGUCACGUUUCUGUGUUUUGUGGGUUUGUUUAGACAUAAGAUUGAUUUGAUUUGAGGCGUACAGGCAGCAAAAAACACAUCCAGUCUGCAAUGGCGGGACAAUAGGGCCGUGAACGCGGCGUGGGUUCUGGGUUGGACAGGAAACGACCGAGACGCGCAGCGUGUCUUCUCCACGGCAAGUGAGAAGAAUGGGUGGCGGUGUGGAAUACAUCUACGAGAGGCUGAGCUGGAAACCACGAAGACGGCGGACACUGUAAAGGACUUAAGGGACAAAACACACAGUUAACUGCACGAAAAGCGAAGAGGUGUGACGCAUCCCUCCCUCGCCGCUGAUAUUUCCCCCCCACCGGAGGACACAGCAGGAGAAAGGACCCUCUUUGUCAAUCCCGUUUCGCUCGGAUAAAAGGCCCUGUCAGAGUGGAGUGGUGGUUUUGACUGAACUUUAACCUCAGUAGGAAGAGGGCCAAUCCACUUCAGAGAUGGAGCAGGUAUCAGACGACGAGUUGGAUCAUGGAGCGGAGGAGGACAGUGACAAGGAGGACCAAGACCUGGACAAGAUGUUUGGGGCCUGGCUGGGAGAGUUGGACAAGCUCACACAGAGUCUGGAUGACAGCAGACCCCAGAAGGCACUGCAGAAGCCUCCUCUCCGUCAGGAGACAAACAUGGCAAACUUCUCCUACCGCUUCUCCAUGUAUAAUAUCAACGAGGCGCUGAACCAGGGAGACACUGUAGACUUGGAUGCCCUGAUGGCGGACCUGUGUACCAUCGAACAGGAGCUGAGUACCAUUUCUAAGCCCAACUCUCGUAGCCAGAGCAAGCGGGCCGCUGGGGGCCGCAGUGGCAGCACCAAGCACGCAGGCACCAGCGGAGGGGGAAGCAGUGGAGGAAGUGCCAGUAGCAGCACCAGGGCAUCUCCGGCCAACACAGUGCGAGGCAGCAGUUCCACCACACGCCCCGUUGCCUCCAACAUUUCCCUGGACGACAUCACCUCUCAGCUGGAGAAGGCCUCUCUCAGCAUGGACGAAGCCGCCCGUCAGACCUCCUCGUCGUCUUCGUCGUCUUCGUCCUCGUUCUCCUCCGCCACGCUGCGGCGACCAUCAUCCGGCUCGUCGGGCAGCGGGCAGCAUCGGCGCACAGGUUCGGUGGGCGCUGUGAGUGAACAAGAAGCUCCGUCCCAGCGCUCCAGUGUCAACUCGGCGUCCGCAUCCAGCAUGGACUCCCUGGACAUUGAUAAAGUGAUGACGGCCGGAGAGGUCGAUGGCAGUAGCAGCCCGACCACCCAGGGACAAAACCAGACAAGCACAGAGCAUGACACACUGCGGUGGGCCAACGGUAAAACAGCCAGGCGGCAACUCGACUUUACCUCGCAAGAGGGUGAAGUGGACCGGGCCACUCACUCCUAUCUGGACCAAGAAACUUCGCUCAUUCUGAAAAGCAUAGCUGGAAAGCCUUCUCACCUCCUGACAAAGGAGGAGCAAGCGGCUAAGCUGAAGGCAGAGAAGAUCCGAGUGGCCCUGGAGAAAAUUAAAGAAGCUCAAGUCAAAAAGCUGGUGAUCAGGGUGCACAUGUCAGACGAGAGCUCCAAGACCAUGAUGGUGGACGAGAGGCAGACGGUCAGGCAGGUCCUUGACAGCCUGCUGGACAAGUCGCACUGUGGCUACAGCCCUGAUUGGUCUCUGGUGGAAACCAUCAAUGAGCUGCAAAUGGAGCGUAUUUUUGAGGAUCACGAGAAUUUGGUGGAGAAUCUAUUGAAUUGGACACGGGACAGCCACAACAAGCUGAUGUUCAUUGAGCGCAUCGAGAAAUACGCUCUCUUCAAGAACCCUCAGAACUAUUUGCUGGGGCGGAAAGAGACCUCUGAAAUGGCAGACAGGAACAAAGAGGCUUUAUUAGAGGAGUGCUUUUGUGGCGGCUCUGUCUCGGUGCCCGAGAUUGAAGGUGUGCUGUGGCUAAAGGAAGAUGGGAAGAAAUCGUGGAAGAAACGCUACUUCCUCCUCAGGGCUUCUGGAAUCUACUAUGUUCCCAAAGGCAAAGCUAAGGCAUCAAGAGAUCUUGUGUGCUUCCUGCAGCUGGACCACGUUAAUGUGUAUUAUGGUCAAGACUACCGCAGCAAAUAUAAAGCUCCUACAGACUAUUGCCUGGCCUUGAAGCAUCCACAGAUCCAGAAGAAGUCGCAGUAUAUCAAGUACCUGUGCUGUGAUGAUGUCAGGACCUUGCACCAGUGGAUCAAUGGAAUUCGAAUUGCAAAGUAUGGGAAGCAGCUCUAUGUGAACUACCAGGAGGCUAUGAAACGAACAGAGGCAGCCUACGAUUGGUCCUCUCUCUCCACCUCUAGUAUCCGAUCAGGCUCCAGUUCUACAAGCAUACCGGAAUCACAGUCUAAUCAUUCAGGCCAUUCAGACAGUGGUGUGGACACGGGGUCCUCUCAUGGUCGCUCCCAGAGUGUAGUAAGCUCCAUUUUCUCAGAAGCGUGGAAGAGAGGGACUCAAAUAGAGGAGAACACCAAGAUGCGAAUGGAGGCAUCCAGAGGGGCCACUUUGCCACAUGCUUCCCAUGCCCACCGCCAUCACAGCCAGCAUUCAGUUGACCAUCCGGCCUUGACACCCCCUCCCCAGACACAUUCAAACUACAACCAGGUUCCUCCUCAACAGGCGCCACACACAGUCACCAACUACAACCAGGUUCCUCCUCAACAGGUGCCACACACAGUCACCAACUACAACCAUGUACCCCCGCAACAGGCGCCACACACAGUCACCAACUACAACCAGGUUCCUCCUCCACAGGCGCCACACACAGUCACCAACUUCAACCAUGUACCCCCGCAACAGGCGCCACCAACUAUGAGCAACUACAACCAUGUGCCCACGCAACAGCCGCCACCAUCUAUGAGCAACUACAACCAUGUGCCCCCGCAACAGCCGCCACCGAGUCCAUUCCCUCCCCCGCAGCAACAGCCCGCUCCACCACCGCCGCCGCCUCCUCCUCCGCCACCACCACCUCCACCACUGCCACCCCCAGUCCAAAGUGUGUCACACCACUCUCCCGCUCUCACCAUGUACAAGUUCAGCACGAUAAACAGGCUGCAGAACCAGAAGUUCCCCCAGGGUGCCAAUCACCGCAGGAUGCCCACGCAGCAACUUCCUCCCACAGGGUCCACCGCACAGGCGCCUGUCAAACCAAACGUCAACCACAUUGCGGCAAGGACUAAUGUCCCGCCGCCACCCCCUCCUCCACCACCGCCAUCAAUGCCAACCCCUGGUUCAGCCAUGGCCGUGUUGAAACUCGGCUCUCAGAAUCCAAGUGCCCUCGCUGCCUUCAUCCCACAGACCAAUGGGGGAGCAUUUCCACCCCCUCCUCCUCCUCCACCUCCAGCUGCACCGGGUCCAGUCAGCCAGUCUACUUACCACAUUGGCCUGAAGCAUGCACUGAAGGAGAGGUUUCCGAGCCCACCACGGGAUCUUUUAUCUGCAAAUGGAGAUCUUGAGGAGUCACCGACCCCCACCCCUGCUCCUCCACCGCCACCUCCCCCGCCGCCACCUCCGCCACCGCCUCCUCCACCUCCUCAGCAGACCCCUGUGCCGGCCCAGUUCCCACCACCUCCACCCGCACCACUCAAAUUCAUCACACCAGGGUUUGCUCCCAAACCUAUGUCACCCGUCUCGCCCUUCCCACCUCCCGCCUCCAUGGGUGGGCUGCCACCGCCCCCACCUCCACCCCCUGCACCUGCUCCCUUAAAGAAGCAGUUCAGUCUCCAGACAGGCUACACCUCAAGCCAGCCUCCGCCAACUCUGCCCAAACAGCACAGCCUGUCUAAGCCCCCAGCUGUUAGCACUGGUACCCCCCCUGUAGCGUCACUGGUGAAACAGCUCACAAGUCAGUUUCCAGGGGCUUUGACCCAAGGAGCCCCACUCUCCCCACCUGCAGUCAAGUCCAAACCAAAAUGGCAACCUGGUGGCGGCCAGCAGCUGCAGUCUCCAGAGUUUCCACCCCCUCCGGACAGUGCUCAAGUCAACAGUGGUGGUUUCCCUGCCCCACCACCACCACCACCGGCUCCCAUGGCUCCCGCCUCAUGCCCAACACCCCCGCCCCCUCCCCUUCCACCUGGGAACAUGGGAUCCCCUGUGAGGAAGUCACCGUCUGGCAACUGCAGCCUUGGAGGUAAAAAACCUCCUCCCACCCCCCAAAGAAACUCCAGCAUCAAGUCCAACUCUUCUGCAUCCUAUGAGGAAUCAAGGAGGAACCUGCUCAGCAAGUUUGCCCCCCAGAGCAACACCCCUCCGUCCUCCCCGUCUCCCACGUCUGCCACCACAGGCUCCCCAUCAAAGGAUUCAUCAGGGGGUCCCCCUGCACCCCCCAAACCUGGUAAGCUCAACCUGGCCAACCUUCCCUUGGCCCUUCAGGCCAAAGUGAGUCAGGCAAAACAAUCCGGGGGCGACUUCCCGUCCCCGCCACCCGAGUGCGCCUACUUCCCUCCUCCUCCGCCAGCAUCGGAACUGUUUCCACCUCCCCCUGGUCCGGGUAGCGAUUCUCAUAGUGGUGGCCCUCCCAGAGUGGCAGUGGUCAACCCUCAGCCCCAAGCUCCCCCUCCUCCUCCGCCUAUCUCUGUUAUCAGUAACUCUUCAUGGGGUAAGAGCUCGCUUAAAAAGACUCCUCCCCCAACGCUUGUGCGCCGAAGCAACACCACGCCAGAGCCCCAACCGCUCUCACCACCACCACAGCCCCCUCCACCCACCUCACCUAAGGGCAGCUCAGGACAGCCCAACUUCCUCGAGGAUCUCAACCGAACCCUUAAGCGAAAGUCUGUGGGUCGGCAAGGCAAAAUGGACCCUGCUGGGACGAUGGACGACAUGGCGCUGCCUCCGCCACCGCCUGAGCUGCUCCUUGAUCAGGGCAACCAGACCAAUGGAGGAAAUGGCGGCUACAUGUCCAGUAACAUCUCAGGCUAUGCAACACUACGACGAGGACCCCCACCUGCACCACCUAAACGGGGGGACGGCACUAAGCUCACUGGAGAGUGUUGAAAAGCAAAUGUGAGAAUACUCUGCUCCCUGUUUUGGAUCCUAACAAAUAUCCUGUGUAAAUACUUCAAGCCCAUUUCCAUUGUGUUCAACAAGAGUUAACAUUCCGCAAAUGCUCGGGUUUCUACAGCUGCGGCCAUUUAGCAACAUUUCUUCAUUCAUUAUUGCGGGCAGGUUUCAGACUUCAAACUGUCAAACUCUUAAAGGGGUCCUAUUCUAUAUUCGUAGCUUUUCACAUGUUUUUAAUCUGGCACUCUUUUGUUCAUGACGUCUAAGUACUACGUAUAAAGUGGGUUUGGGGUUUUUAAACUUAUGCCUGGUUUCAAUUUUAUGCCACUCCCAAAUUUUAUGAACGGUCAGGAGAGAAGAUCGAGAAGGUACGAGAAGAUCUUUUGAAUAGCUCCCGCCACACCUUUAGCACGUCCAUUUAUGGCAACUUAGAAGGUUUGAUUGCCGUUGGACGCUUUUUAGUGUUUUAUGGAUGCAAGACUCGCCCAACUAAACUGGAGUAAGGCAACAAUGGGAAAAUGUUUUGCUUUCUGGGGAGCUAAAGACCUACCUUACUGUCACUGCUCCUGAACAAAGCAUUGUUUGUUUGCCAAUUCUGCAAUAUUUCUCCACGUAUCCAAUUGUUUACUAAUAACCAGUUUAAGGGGUGUGUCCCUAUGCAGUUUUGAGCAGUGGUGGGUGUUUGGGGGCCAAUUACAACACAUAGGCGUGGUCGGGGAGGGAGGCCAAGAGGAAAAGAAUGCAUUUUUUCCCAACACCCAAACUGAUUUUAUUCAAAGAAAUAUAGGAUAGGUCCCCUUUAAUGGUCUCACCCAAGCAUUUGAACAAAACACAAAUCAAAACCAAGUAUCCAAGCUUCUUGUGCCACAUACCAGACGGGGGGGGGGGCUUGUUCAGGCUGUAAAUGGAGUGCAUGUGUUGUGUGAUUGCGGACUGAUGUGCAUACAUGCAUUGUGUGUGCGCAUGCAUGUACAUACAAAUAGUAUGGUAGCAAGGAUGGAAGUGGAGGCCGAUGCGGAACAGGGAUUGUUUGCUUUUGUGUGUGAAAUUAUUUAACUAAGUGUAUCGGGGAUCAACGGACGUUUGGUCAAAUAUGAUGAUGGAAUGUAUAUUGGAAGUUAAACAUGAGUGUUGGUCAGUAAUACCGACCUUCAAAUCUGCGGUGUUUUAAACAUUUCUAGAGGGUCUCAUCUUGUGUGAAAAGCAAAGGAGGAGGCCUUAUUCUUGACGUCUUGCACAAUAGCAAUGUAGAAAGGAGGGUUUUUUUUAUUAUUAAUAAGGCUCGGCAGACUGGGGGG